AUGGUGGCCAGUUUUCCACGUUCAGGUAUAAGUACAAACAGACUUGCGUGUUUGGACUUGAAGCAGCCAUGGUGGAGAUCCCAUACUGUCAACCCUGUGAGGAGUUUGUCUACAGAAGCUGCUACGGAGGGAGACAAAACCGAGGAAGAUUAUCACUCCAUCAUCAAGGACACAGAAGAGCCAAAGGUAAAAGAAUCUUUGAAGUCAGUAGAAGCCCUGUGGCAGGGCAUUUCGCUGGGUCUCCAAUGCCCCUCUGAUGAGCGCGAGUUCCAGGCAGAAACUCGUCAGCUGCUGGAUAUUGUCGCCAGGUCCCUGUAUUCAGAGAAGGAGGUUUUUAUACGAGAGUUGAUCUCCAACUCCAGUGAUGCCCUAGAGAAGUUACGUUACCUACAGCUGACAGGGUCAGAGGUCACAGAAGCAGACACUCCCCUGGAAAUCCACAUCGCCACAAAUGAGGAGAAGAAAACUUUCACAGUUCAGGACACAGGUGUGGGCAUGACUAAGGAGGAACUGAUUGAGAACCUGGGUACAAUCGCACGAUCAGGAUCAAAGGCUUUUGUGGAACAGCUGACUGAGAAGUCUGACAUAGGCAGUAAUCUGAUUGGUCAGUUUGGAGUGGGGUUUUACUCUAGCUUCAUGGUUGGUCAGAAGGUAGAAGUGUUCACACGUUCUCACAAGCCAGAUGCCACAGGAUUCAAGUGGACCUCUGAUGGUACAGGGAAGUACGAGGUCUCAGAGGCUGAGGGUGUACAGCGGGGAACUAAGAUUGUGAUACACCUUAAGGGGGACUGUUAUGACUACGCCAAGGAAGAACUCGUCAAAGGUAUCGUACAAAAGUACAGUAAUUUUGUGGGUGUUCCAAUCUACCUGAAUGGAAAGCGUGCCAAUAUUUUACAGGCCCUCUGGAUGCUUGACCCCAAGGAUGUCACGGAGGAGAUGCAUGAAGACUUUUACAAGUUUAUCGGAAAUGCCUACGACAAACCACGCUACCACUUCCAUUACAAGACCGACGCGCCCCUCAACAUCAGGGCGCUUUUCUACGUCCCCGAGUAUAAACCAACGUUGUUUGAUAUGAGUCGAGAGACAGAUGUGAACAUAACAUUGUAUAGUCGCAAAGUGAUGAUCAUGUCUAAGGCCAAUAACAUAUUACCCAAGUGGAUGCGCUUUAUGAAAGGUGUGGUGGAUAGUGAAGACAUCCCGCUAAAUCUGAGUCGAGAACUUCUACAAGACAGUGCUUUAAUCAGGAAAUUACGAACAGUGCUAACGAACAGAGUGUUGAAGUUUUUCCUGGAGCAGGCCAAGAAGGAUCGUGACAGUUACAUGAAGUUCUAUGAGGAUUACGGCCUGUUCUUCAGAGAGGGGAUUGUGACUACUGUAGAGCAGGAUCAAAGGGAGGAAAUUUCCAAAUUGUUACGGUUUGAAUCGUCCAAGAGUGACCCAGGGGAGAGGAUAAGCCUGGAGGAGUAUGUGGGCAGGAUGAAGGCUGGAGGGCGCACAAUUUACUACCUGUCUGCACCCAGUCGACAGUUGGCAGAGAACUCUCCAUAUUUUGAAGCCUUCCGCAAACGGGACAUAGAAGUGCUGUUUUUGUAUGAGCCUUAUGAUGAACUUGUGCUGAUGAACUUGGCACAGUUUGACAGGAAAACGCUAAAAUCUGUGGAGAACGAAAUCCAGGAGGAUACAGAUGACAGCGACAAAACAGAUGAUAAAGACUCCUCAUCCCUGGAGAAGGAUCAGCUGGAUUCACUGAUGAGCUGGCUUCAGGUUGUCCUCACCAAUAAGGUCAACAAGGUCAAGGUAACUCGUAGACUGGACACCCAUCCAUGUGUGGUUACCGUUGUGGAAAUGGGGUCAGCACGUCAUUUCCUCAAGACGACAAUGGCUGACAAGUCACAGGAGGAGCGUUACAGACUGCUACAACCCACCCUGGAAAUCAACCCCAGCCAUGUUUUGGUAAAGAAACUGAAUAUGUUGAGAACAGAGGACCCAGACCUGGCCAAGAUGCUGGCAGAACAGAUCUAUGACAAUGCUAUGGUGAACGCUGGCUUGGUGGAUGACCCGCGCUCUGUGGUGAACCGACUAAAUGACUUGUUGGUGCGGGUACUGGACAAACACUAACCAUCUCUAGAUGAAGAUGUGUACUGUUACAAUACACAAAUGGACAAAGGAGAGAUAUUGUGAGAGGGGAAUCGGGCGCUGUCGGUGUUGGUAGUGGUGGCGGUGACAGUGUCCAGUUCGGUUUUUGACCAGUCAUAAAGUUGCAAUGGCCACCCAUAGUACACAGAUUGCCAAUCAUCGGUAGCGAUUCAAAGACGAAGGAAGGCUCUUACCUCAUAGCUCAGUAUAUUGCUCAGCUAUUCACGUGGUUACAGUUGCCUCCCAUAGGACAUGGAUUGCCAAAUGCAGUGUCAUCCCCUCCACGGAGUCUUUUAGCACCACGAUAAUUUACAACUCUGUAACAUAUGAAGUCACUGCUCUGCAAUCCUUAUGCCUAUGAUAAUUAGUCAUAGUUUGUGGCAGUAUAAUGAUUUUGGUCUGUCUUGUUGAUUUAAUUGCAAGAUCUUAGCACUAUAUAAUUAGAGGAUAAUACCUGUGUAUGACAGUGUCAAUCAUUCUACUUUUUGGGGGGUUUAGAGGUCAAUCAUUGAAUGUAUCACAUGACUUUAACAUUUAUGCAGUUUUUACAAACCAUUCAAUCAGGCGAGCUACCGUUAUUCUUGGAAUGCCUUGUUAUACCUUCAGGUAACAUCUUGUGCAUUCUGACUGUGAAACAAACAUAUAAACUGGUGUGGCCUUAGUACUGGAAGAUAAGCAUGUUUUCUGUUGAAGGUUGUACUGUAUACUGUAUAAGCAAACAUGAGGUGUACUGGAUACUGUAUAGCCAAACGUGGGAUGUACUGGAUACUGUAUAGGCUAACAUGGGAUGUACUGUAUACUGUAUAGGCUAACAUGGGAUGUACUGUAUACUGUAUAGGCUAACAUGGGAUGUACUGUAUACUGUAUAGGAAAAUAUGGGAUGUACUAGUACAUGAGACUUCUCUUAGCAAAUGUACCAUGUAUUUAUAUUUUGGUCAAAGUUGGACUAUUUGGAAGAUUUGCAGCAUACCUGUAAUAUAGGAUAGCAUAUCGCUUCUGUUGGACAUCAUGUUACUUACUGUGCCUAUAUUAAUUAAGCUGUUAAAGGAUACAUUACCUGUUAUAGGCAAACAAGUUUCAUGCAACAUAACAUAUGCUUCAUCAAGCAACGUUACAUUUCUGUAGUACAUCAUGCAUCGUGCUUUUGCCAAACACCAGUCUGAUGGCGAUACAUUGCUUGUUGUUGGCAAACAUCAGACUUGGAUUUGACAGUAUGCUUUAUACUGUGGGUUUAGCAACAUCUCGCUGUUUGUGGUACUCAACAUACUAUAGGCAAACAUCAAACUAUAGUUCACAGUGUUAACAAACAUUAAACUUUUGGAUAAUAGACUGCAUACCACAGGCACACAUCUGAACUGUGUUAGCCAACUUGCUGUAUUAGGCAUUCUGCAUAAUACAGGCAAACAGCGUGCAGGGCAAGGCACUACAUUAUAUUAGGUUUCCCAGACAUUGGACUGUUGGAGAAUAUGUCCUCUAAUACUAUAGCCAAACAGCAUUGGACUGUUGGAGAGUACAUAACAUAUUAUGGGCAAAUAGCAUGCAGGGCAACAUACAGCUUUGCAUUCUGUUGUCCAGAUACUGGACUGUUGGAGAGUACAUAACAUAUUAUAGGCAAAUAGCAUGCAGGGCAACAUACAGUUUUGCAUUCUGUUUUCCAGAUACUGGACUGUUGGAGAGUACAUAACAUAUUAUGGGCAAACAGCAUGCAGGGCAAUAUACAGCUUUGCAUUCUGUUGUCCAGAUAUUGGACUGUUGGAGAGUACAUUACAUAAUACAGGCAAACAGCAUGCAUUGCUACAUACUGCAAUACAACAUAUUGGUCUGUUGGAGAAUACAUUUGAUUUAUGAAAUAUUAUAGGCAAACAGCCUGCAGGGCAAUAUACUGCAUCUACACGCUGUAUUAUGCCGGUAUCUGACUUCUGGUGGGCAACAUGGAGUUCAUGUAGUAGCGACGCCCACAGUGCAUACGGGUGAUUGUGAGUGUAAUCGGUAAUCAACAUUUAUCAGUUUGAUAUGAUAACCUUGUUGAGAACCAUGAUCAUGUUGUACAUAAUGUCAUGCCAUGUCAGCUGGUAUUGGUUGUGUUUUUGAGGAGUUUGUUGAAAGGUUUAUGUGGCCACUGUUUCACAGAUGAUAAAAUCUCAUGUAAAGACCUAUCUGCUUAAAAAUCCGUCAUUUUCAGAAAAUGUGAAAGAGAAGGAAAUCGGGCUUGUUUUUUUUCUGUUUUUUUUUUAAUUAUUAUACAUAAAAUGUCUGUGUACAUCAGAAAUGUCAUUAUGGAGAAUUUAUAACAUACAAUGUUGAGUGAUAUGCUGUGUGAAUUUUACACGUAGUACGAAUCCGAGACAUUGUCCGUAACAGGGAUUAAACUGUGGUCUUGGGACAUUUUUAAUACAUGUACAAUACUGUGCCAUAAAUGUUUGUGAGCUAUUCAUCAUUUAUACAGAUAUAGAAAGUGCAAAAAUGUAUUACAUGUAUGAGGAUUUCACGUUUAAUAAAUACAUGUGCUUAAGC